AUGUUUUCCUUGAAGAGGCUUCUCAUAGAGAGACCAGUUUCGGGGAUAACCAGCUCCAUUAAAUCAAUAAUUCAGAUCCGUACUGCCACAAAACGUGUCUCAGGUUCCAAGACCAGCAACAAGGAUUCCGCUGGUAGAAGAUUAGGACCAAAAGUACAUGAAGGACAUCCUGUGAAACCAGGUCAAAUCAUAAUGAGACAAAGGGGUACAAAGAUACAUCCAGGUGAGAAUGUUCGCAUUGGUGUUGAUCACACGAUAUAUGCAGUUGAGCCUGGGUUUGUUCGAUUUUAUUUUGAUCCAUUCCACCCAUUGAGAAAAUAUGUAGGAGUGGCAUUGAAGAAAGAUAUCAAGCUUCCUAAAGAGCAUUUUGCACCAAGAUUGAGAAGAUUUGGUUAUGUGCCUAUUGAAGACCCCGUUGCUGCUAAAAACGAAGAAUUGCAAAGAUCAAGAAAGGAAAUACUUAUUUUACCACAAUUGCAAAAAGCUCAGAAUAAGCAGUACCUGCUUCGAAAGAGAAGGAUCAACGAAAACAAAGCCAAAUUGGCAGAAACACAGUCGUUGGAGUUAACCGAGCAGGAAACAGAAAAGGCAGCUGAGAGAUUAUUCAAGGUUUCCCAGUUUGUUGAUCUUGGGAAAGAUUUGUCACAAGCACAACUCCAAGUCACUUAUGAUGAGCUUUACAAUAUUAGACUUCAGUACAGAAGAGGGGAACUCAAUGACGGUGAGUUUGAUUCUGCCAAAGCCAAAUACUUGGAAGUGGCAAAGAAAGUAGAUGGCUUAGCCGUUGCUCAAUGA